AUGAUCCCCCUUGCUCUUCUGGAGCUCUUCUUUCCUGGAGAGUCGCAGGAUGAGGGGCUGCAGCAGUUUGUUGCGCUGUGGCUGGACUUCUUCUGUCGAAAUGCUGAUGAAGUACUCCCAGUCGUGGGGUGUCUGGUGUCUGUUCACGGCGCCGUUGUCCGGGUGUAUUCGCCGCAGCCUCUGGUGCAGCAGUUAGCAUUUGAAUGCGCCAAAUGCGGCGCAAAGAUACACAAAGUACUCCAAGACGGACGACUGCAGGAGGUGGUGUCUCCUAGUGGGGAGACAGCAGCAGAGGGCCCUCUCGAAGACCUCCCCCAAGCCUCCACAGGGGGCCUAUCAGGCUUUCUCGUGGGGACAUGCAGCCCUGGAGACCGCAUUUGUUUAACAGGGAUAGUGCAUGCACGUCAGUCUCCUGCGGUGUCUGCGCACCUCGCGGGGCCCCACGCUGCUCAGGCAACGGUGGCUCGCCGCCCGCUGCUCUGGGAAGACUUUGCUGCUGCAGCAGCAGCAGCAGCAGAGGAAGAUGAAGAAGCAGACCUGACGAUUGAGCAUUGUUCUGGUGCUGCUGCAGCAGCAGAAGGGGGUCACGGAGGGCAGGAGACCGAUGCAGUCGUAGCAGCAGCAGCAGCAGCAGCAGCAGCAGCAGGCAGCCGUGUGCUGCAGUUCAUUGCAGAUGUAUAUACACUGGUAAGCAGACGCUUCGACCUCCUCGUCGCCUCCUUUGCUCCUUCUAUCGUAGGAAGGCAUAUCGUUAAAGCAGGCCUGGUGCUUGCAUUGCUUGGAGGCGUUCCUGUCCCUUCGUGGCAGCAGCAGCAGCAGCAGCAGCAGCAGGGGCUGAGAUGUAGAGGUUCAAUUCACGUGCUGCUGAUUGGAGACGCGGGUGUGGGGAAGAGCAGGUUGCUGCAGGCAGCAGCAGCAGCAGCGAACAGCAGCAGCAGCAGCAGCAGCAGCAGCAUGCGCGGCACUAUGCGCAGCAUCUUUGUCUGUGGAAAUGCUGCUUCUGCUGCUGGCCUCACUGCAGCAGCAAUGCGAGAGGCAGGCACAGGCGAGUUGGUGAUUGAAGCUGGUGCUUUAGUGCUGGCAGACGGAGGGGUGUGCUGCAUUGAUGAGCUUGAUAAGUUUUCUGCUGCUUCAGCAGCAACAGGAGACUGUGCGUCUCUUAUUGAAGCAAUGGAGCAGCAAACUGUCUCCAUUUCAAAGGCCUCCUGCUGCUGCUGUCUCCCCGCAAGAACAACUGUCUUGGCUGCUGCUAACCCUAAAGGCGGCAGACUCGACCCCCGUAAAUCAUUUGUAGAGAAUUUGAAUUUGUCUGCACCCGUCUUAUCUCGAUUUGAUUUAAUAUUUUUUCUGGCGGACAAACAAACUGCAGCAGCAGACGCACAACUUGCUGCGCAUAUCCUUGCCUCCCGAAACACCAAGCAGCAGCAGCAGCAGCAGCAGCAGCAACCAGCAGCAGCAGCAGCAGCAGCGGGAGGGGGAGGAUUUGCUGCUGCUGAUGCUGCUGCUAGGGAGGGCUCUUCUUCAAGCGUCAGCUCGUGUCUGGAGGAGAGACUCAUUGCAGCGGAGUCUGCUGAUUUGCUGCCGCUAUCUCUAGUGCAAGACUUCAUUUGUUACGCUAGGGAGCACGUACACCCGAAGCUGUCUCCGGAAGCAGCAGCAGUUAUUAAGACCUACUUCUUCACGCUGCGGCAGCAGCAGCAGCAGCAACAGCAACAGCAGCAGCAGGGAUUGCGAGUCGCAACACGGCAGCUCGAGUCUUUAAUCCGCCUCUGUCAGGACGCUCUCAAGUGCGCGAGGAUGCUGGUGAGGCAGGCGGAGGCUUCUGUGUCUCCAGAAGCUGUUGUUGCUGCAGCAAACGAAGUAGGUUUGCUGCUAAAGAGAAAUGAUAUGUGGGUGCUUGAUAGGGCUCUCCUCGCCAACAUAUAA